UGACGGAUAUUGUUAAUUGUGUUUGGGUUUUUCCGACUGAUGGAUCUUGCAGCCCUGAGGUGGAGAACUUCUGGCAGGGCCUGAUCCUCCGGAGCUCCCAGUGUCCUUUGAGGAGGCAUCUGUGUCUUUCCCCAAGGAGGAGUUGGCUCUGCAGGACUUAAGCCAGGGCUGCAAGGGGGAAAAUGGGAUGAACUAGCGGAGGGAAAGCCAAGAAAUAAAGAGAGGAAUAUAUGUCUAGAUUCCGACCUGCAUGCAAUGAUGGUACAACAACAAAAACCCAAAGAAGCAAGAGAGAAGAAAUCCCCUGUGUUUGGGAAAACGAUCUCUCAUGAAUCAACUCUGGGUGACCAUGGCACAACCCAUGCAGCAAAGAAACAAUAUAAAUGCCGUGAGUGUGGAAAGAGAUUCAAGGACAAUGGGGCCCUUUGUGCCCAUCAAAGAACACACACAGGGGAGAAGCCAUUUGACUGUCUGGAUUGUGGACAAGCAUUUCGUCAGAAGUGGGCACUUACUAUGCAUCAAAGGACACACACAGGAGAGAAGCCAUUUGACUGUCCAGAUUGUGGAAAAGCAUUUCGUCAGAAGUGGGCGCUUACUAUUCAUCAAAGAAUCCACACUGGAGAGAAACCAUUUGAAUGCUUGGAGUGUGGAAAGAGAUUCAAGGACAAUGGCGCCCUUUGUGCCCAUCAAACAACACACACAGGGGAGAAGCCGUUUGACUGUCUGGAUUGUGGGAAAGCAUUUAGUCAGAAGGGGUCACUUGCUAUCCAUCAAAGAAUCCACUCUGGGGAGAAACCCUUUGAAUGCUUCGAGUGUGGAAAGAGAUUCCGCCAGAAGAGUGGACUUCAAUUGCAUGAAAGAGUACACACCGGGGAGAAGCCAUUCAAAUGCAUAGAAUGUGGAAAGGCAUUCUACACCAGUACUCAAUGUCGAUACCAUCAAAGAAUUCAUACAGGGGAGGAGCCAUUUAUCUGUCUGGCUUGUGGAAAAGCAUUUAGUCAUAAGUAUGGGCUUACUCUCCAUCAAAGAACACACUCUGGGGAGAAGCCGUUUAAAUGCCAGGAGUGCGGAAAGAGCUUCACCUUGAACAGCAGCCUUACUUCACAUCAAAGACUGCACACAGGGGAGAAACCAUUUGAAUGUUCGAAGUGUGGAAAGAGUUUCAGAUGGAAGAAGACCCUUGCAGCACAUCAGCAAAUUCACACAGACCCAGGAGAGAAACCAUUUGAAUGUUCGCAGUGUGGAAAGAGUUUCAGAUGGAAGAAGACCCUUGCAGCACAUCAGCAAAUUCACACAGACUCAGAAGAGAAACCAUUUGAAUGUUCGCAGUUUGGAAAGAGAUUCGUUUCCACGCACAGAGAACACAAACCGUUUAAAUGUACGGAGUGCGGAAAGUGUUUCAGUGAUAAGAAGCCCUUUGCUGUACAUCAAAGAAUACACAGAGGAGAAAAACCAUUCAUCUGUCUAGAGUGUGGGAAAGCAUUUAGUCGGAAGAUGUCACUUACUUUCCAUCAAAGAAUCCACUCAGGGGAGAAGCCAUUUAAAUGCUUGCAGUGUGGAAAGAGCUUCAGGCAGAAGGGGACCCUUACAAGACAUCAGCGAACACACACAGGCAUAGUAGAGAAACCGUUUGAAUGUUCGCAGUGUGAAAAGAGAUUCUUUUACAGGCAUAGCCUUACAUGUCAUCAGCUAAUUCACAGAGAAGACAACCCGUUUAAAUGUCUGGAGUGUGGAAAGAGUUUCAGCAAUAAGCCUGACCUUCGCGUCCAUCAAAGAAUUCACACAGGAGAGAAGCCAUUUAUCUGUCUGGAGUGUGGAGAAGCAUUUCGUUGGAAGGGGUCACUUACUGUCCAUGAAAGAACACAUUCAGGGGAGAAACCAUUUAAAUGCUUGGAGUGCGGAAAGAGUUUUAGUGAAAAGUAUUGCUUUGCUACACAUCAAAGAAUUCACAUAGGGGAGAAACGGUUUGAAUGUUUGCAGUGUGAAAAAAGCUACAAGUGGAAGAGAAGCCUUGAAACACAUCAGCGAACUCACACAGGCACAGGCGAAAAAUCAUUUGAAUGUUUGCAAUGUGGAAAGAGCUUUAAGUGGAAGAAGACUCUUAAAAGACAUAAACGAAUUCACACAGACAAAAGAGAGAAACCAUUUGAAUGUUCACAGUGUGGAAAGGGAUUUUUUUCCAGACACAACCUUACCCGUCAUCAACUUAUUCAUGGGGAACACAACCCAUUUAAAUGUCUGGAGUGUGGAAAGAGUUUCAGGGAUAAGGAUGGCCUUGGCAGACAUAGAAGAAUUCAUACAGGAGAGAAUCCAUUUAUCUGUCUGGAGUGCGGAAGGAGCUUUACUGAUAGGAGAAGCCUUAGGUAUCAUCAGAGAACUCAUGCAGGGGAGAUGCCUUUUAAUUGCUUGGGGCUUGCAAAGAGAUUCCACCAGGGGAGUCCUCUGCAAUACGAUCAAAGUGCUCGCAUUGAGACUUCUUUGAAGGAGGAGGAAGAGUUUGAUACUCCUGAUCAUCCUUCUGUUACUGUAAUCCUGGGGCAAGAUGAGGGGUCCUGUGACAGUGGCACCUCGUCUGAGGUUCCCAACAAACCAUUCAACCUUGUCGUGAAGCCAGCUGUGAUUCUAAAUUCUCCUCCCACCUCUCAUGGCUCAACAGAGCAGAGUUUGCAGUGCAUCCGCUGGGAUACUCAGAGCCAUGGUGGGAGAGAAUACCUGACUCCCAGAGUACCCUUUCUCCCAGGAAAUACACUUCAGUAAGGGCCUACUCAGGAAGACGGCUCUACUUAUGAGACAGACUCUGAUGCAACUGCUUAACCCAGGUCAGCCAGAAUAAAUCCCUUGGUGAAGAGCUCCAUUUACGGUCUCAAGAUGGGAGAAACUUAUUUCAGUGUCUGGAGCAUGAAAGGAGCUUGAGGAAGAGUGCACAUACUACUUUACAUCAAAGAAGCCUCACAGGAAAAAGUAUUUAAGCACAUGGGUGAUUACAUGAAUCAUUCCCUGUGUCCAUAUACUGUUGUCUUUUAAGGACAUAAUUGUGUCAAACGAUGUGUAAAUCUUAUAAUGGGUUAGAUCCAAAUGUGGUCUUAGGCGACCGGCCCAUUCCAAAUAGUAGUGCUUUCUCUAGUUUCAGCUCUUGCAUCCAGAAGUGCUACGUUGCAGUCAUGUGUGGACUGGUGCCAGUGGGGCUGGCCGUACGUGCAAGGCCCCAAUCGGAUCGAACCCAUGAUCUCCCAACUCUGUCUUAUGACUGAAAGUUGUAUAAUGUAGUGGAGUGGGUGACUUGGGCCAUAGCUAGACCUAAGGUUUAACCCAGGAUCAUCCCGGGUUUGUCCCUGCCUGAGUGCUGGAAGCCCUGUGUGGCACUUAGAUGAACAGGUUUGACCCCAGGACAAUCCUGGGAUAAACCUUAGAUCGCUGUGUUCCUUUUACAGGACCCUGAAAUGUUGGUGUUGCGUGAUCCCCUAGCACAGCGUGGGGAGUGACACUGCGAGCUGUAGAAGAAAUGGGGUGUUUGCGAAAAGUCUCAUCCCCUCACCGCUCUCUGCUUUCCACUUACAAAAUCUUCUAAUGUACUAAUGGGGAAUAUAGAGAAAAUGGAGAUGUAGGGAGGGAGGUGCUAGCCAAGCCAAAGACAUUUUUCUGCCCAAGGACAAAUGUUGACCGAACUGGGAACUGAAUCUUAGUUUAACACUUACAGUCAGUGUUCUGUUUUGUAAAGGUUUGAAGGUGGUGGUGUCCACCCAAGCCACAAAUAUCCUGCAACAUCGAAUUGACGAAAGUGGGUUUGGCCUUCCAGAUCUUGUUUAUAUCCUCUGGCCUAUUUGUUGACCUGUGCUAAAUUUUGAUCUUUUCCACUUCGAUCUGAUAUUCCACCUUGGUCAUAGAAUCAUAGAAUAGCAGAGUUGGAAGGGGCCUACAAGGCCAUCAAGUCCAACCCCCUGCUCAAUGCAGGA